GACGGCAGUGCCGAAAGCGAGCAGCUGGCUUGGGAAUGGAUAUACAGCAGCGACCAGUCAGAGCACGGCGAAGACGAGGUUGAGGGUGGUAAUCGAAAGAGGAGGAAAGUCGCAGGCAGCUCCAGGAUUGUCGGCGCUCGAUAUGGCGACUUUGAGUGCCGCGUUGGAGACACGGUGAUGCUCAAGGCCGAUGGGUCCAGUGGAACGUGGGUGGCCAUUAUCUGCGACUUCCGGGAAGACGAUGCCGUCGAGGGCAUGGCCGCCAAUUUCAUGUGGUUUUCGACGGAGAAGGAGAUUCCCAACAAGGACAAGAAACGCAAGGACUUCUACUGGAAUGAGCUCUACAUAUCGCCAUCUUGCGACGUUAACCCCCUCGCCUCGAUCGACGGAAAAGCCACCAUCAUGUCCCUCGAAGCCUUCCUCCGCGCGUACCCCUCUGGCAAGAUCCCGCGCAACUCUCCCGACUAUGGCAAGACCUUUGUCUGUCGGCGCGGCUGCAACACCCGAUCAACGACAUACACGGACGAGUUUGUGUGGGAGGAGGUGUAUCAAAACGGACAAGAUGUGCCUGCACUGCUGGAAAUGGUCGACAAGGGCACCCGGCCAACCCGUCGCAGAACUCGAGCGCCAUCACCGCCGCCAAAAGAAGACGCAUACCUGCCGCCUCAGACGCCAACAAAGACUGGCAGAAACUCUGCUACAACCCCCAAGUCGAAGAGAGGGCCAAGGAGCGGCGGAAAGAAGCUCGAAUUCACGCCAUUGGCCACACGGAAGCUGUCGCCGAGCCAGGUCCAGUCUUCUCCGUUCCAGAUAGCCCGCUCACGCCUCCACGUUGCGGCAGUGCCCUCGAGUCUGCCAUGUCGUGAAGGGGAGUUUUCGCUUGUAUACUCACAUCUGGAGGCUGCCAUCACCGAGGGGACCGGCAACUGCAUCUACAUUUCCGGAACGCCAGGCACCGGAAAGACGGCGACGGUACGAGAAGUCAUCUCCCGUCUCGAGGAAGGCGUCUGGCUGGACGAGCUUGACGACUUCAUCUUUGUCGAGAUCAACGGCAUGAAGAUUACGGAUCCUCACCAAGCGUACUCGCUGCUCUGGGAGGCGCUCAACGGGGAGCGUGCCAGCCCUGCCCAAGCCCUCGAUCUGCUGGAGCGGGAAUUCAACAAUCCCAGCCCUAGACGCAUCCCGUGCGUGGUGUUGAUGGAUGAGCUUGAUCAGCUGGUCACAAAGAACCAGGCCGUCAUGUACAACUUUUUCAACUGGCCAACCCUCCGACACAGCCGUCUGAUUGUGCUCGCAGUAGCCAACACUAUGGAUCUUCCAGAGAGAACUCUGAGCAACAAGAUCAGUAGUCGACUGGGCCUUACUCGAAUCACAUUUCCGGGCUACAACCACGAGCAGCUCAUGAAGAUCAUCCAGUCUCGUCUUGAAGGCGUCCCGGGGAACAUCGUCGACGCGGAUGCCGUCCAGUUUGCCAGUCGAAAAGUCGCUGCCGUCAGCGGAGACGCCAGACGAGCCCUGGACAUCUGCCGGCGCGCUGUCGAGCUUGCCGAAAGCGAUGCUCCCGGCGAUCCCACGACGCCGAGCAGGAGAGCCCACGACAACGGGGCCCCUGAGCAGUCCAAACGCGGAAGGGUCACCAUCUCCACCAUCAAGAGGGCCAUCAAUGAGGCCACGACGAACCCGAUCCAGCAGCAUCUGCGUGGCCUCCCGCUGACGUCCAAGAUGCUCAUGGCAGCACUGCUUCUCAGGAUCAGACGAAGCGGCUUGGCUGAAACGACGCUGGGGGAGACUCUGGAUGAGCUUCAGCGCGUGGCCGCCUUUGGAGCCAGACCUCCUCCGGGCAUGGCCCAAAUACUCCCCGGUCUCGCCAAAGGAACUCAGGUCGUGGGCCGACGCUUGGUGGGACGGCCAAUGUACAUCCACACGGCCGCCCUGGAGCUGGUGGCCGCUGGCUUGGUCAACCUCGAGGCCCAUCGUGCGGACCGAUCGAGCAGGCUGCGAUUGGCCAUUGCGGAUGACGAGGUCAAGAUGGCGCUGCGGGAUGACGCCGAUCUCAAGGCCAUGGGUCUGAGCGUUUGA